CAGGACAAGAGUGAACCGGAAGUUUACCUUUAUUUGCCCGCCCGCUUCUGUGUCGCAUAGAAUGUACGCUGAUGGUUGUUGUUGAUUACUUUGCUCUCUUAAAAACGCCAAACGUCGAGACGAAUGGGCUCAAAGGGACCCUGGCUCUAUGCAGCAGGCCCCUCAGUCGACAUGACACGAAGCACGGAGGAGGACUCGGUGGACGGUCCGCUGAUCUCUGCUGACGCCCUGCAGUCUGCCAUCAGGAGAGAGUUUCAGACGCUACCGACGCCCUGCCACGCCGUCCUGCUGUCUCUGCUGCACGUUUUGUAUGUGGUGUUGUCGAUAUGUGUGGCAGUGCUGUGCAUACUGGAAUCUGACCAAGAGGAGAUGUGUAAGAGCUUUUUGGGUAACGUAAAAGGCGACAGUGUCAUUGUGUUCGCGAAGGUGUGCCUGUGGGCGCUGGUGCUGCUGUUCACCGCCUACGUGCAGCACCACCACAACCGGGCCCGGAGCAGAGGCUACCUGAGAUUCUACAGAGAGAUGCAGCCACUGAAACACCUGCCGCUUGUCACGCACUCUUCAGGAAACGUCCUCCUGUUGCUUCUUCUUGCUGCAAGACUAGCACAAAGUGUACACAUCUACAUGCUGCUCAGUAUUCUGGGGUGUGAGCUGUUGGUGGCGGUGCCGAGCCUGUUGUAUUACGCAGUCAAGGUGUUUCGCUACAACAGGGAGAGAUCUGCACCAGAUGUGAGCCAAGAAGAUCUGUCCCACACCUACAGCGUCACGAGCCUGCCGACGGAGACCGGCUUCAGAGGGAGCUCCAGUCUGGAGGAGGUGGUGGAGAAGCAGGCCGACCUGAUAGAGUACCUGAAGCAGCACAACACCUUACUGAGCAAGAGGCUGCUCAACCUCACCGCUCAGCACUAACGUCGGCCCGGCCUCCUUUUUUUUUUUUGUGUCGAGCCGGCCGACGGCACCCUCCGGCCCUUUGGAGAAAGAGCCUAAUCAUUUUAACUCGGAGAGAAGGUGGCAGCUUUUAAAGGAGAGGACUGAAGCUGCGGGAUACGCUGGAUAAAAGACUAAAGUAAGCAAAUGCACUUGUGAGCUCCUCAGUGAGGCUCCCUCACCAGAGAUGGACUGAUAACGCAGGAGGAGGAGGUGGACUGAAAGUGGAGGACAGUUAAGGAUUGCAAAGUGGCGGGCGGAGAGGAGGAGUCGUGGGUCACAGAUCAGAGGUGAGGGGUUUUUAUCACCGUGUUACGACCCCCGGUGACCCGUGCAUGCUGCCGCUUUUGUUACCAUGAAAGCAACCGAGCUGGGAGGCUGUUCAGUGAUCAUCUGUCUGCACUAAGGACGGCGAGGUCACCACUUACCUGCCAGAGAGAACGCUGUCGAGUCUUUAUUUUAUCUGUUUGUUGGGUAUCAAUCAUGUGUUUAUGUGCUUUAUUUGGUGAUAGGAUAUCUAUUCAUUAAGGUUGUGUAUUUGUGAUCAAACUCCAAUAAAUGUUUAAUACUC